UCUCCUCCCUAAGACAGCAGAACUGAUUGCAUUUAGGUACAAAAUCUGCUGCUUUUUUUGAAUGAUCUUUACCCCCAAUUCAUCUGGAACUAUAUAACCAGUUUAGCCUCUACUUGUCUCUUAGCUAGGAUUGAGUUUGUUUCCUUCUGCUACUCGCUACUUGGAGACUUUCAGCUUCUUUUUUUCACUUUUACAGCUUCCUACUCGUUUAUAUCCUUCUAGAUGAACAAUUUUGGACAUCAAAUGAUCUCCUCCUAGCAUUUUUACCAUCUGGGUUUUUCAUUGCUGUUUUAUUAGUACCACUUGGUUACAAUUAAUACAGCAGACUUGCUUGGUGUGGCUUAAAAAUGGAGAACUCAGCUGACUGGGAGAAGAUGAAUCUGAUAAAUGAGUUAACACAAGGGAGGGAGCUAGCAAAGCAGCUCCAAUUCCAUCUGAAUGUGUCAUAUUCUUCGCAUGAAGCCCGAGAAUUGUUGGUUCACAAGAUCCUGAAUUCAUAUGACAAGGCUCUCUCAAUGCUGAAAUGUGUUGGUGCUUCAAGUGGAGAACCACAACUCACCAUAGGAACUGCGAUUGCAGUGUCGUCCGAGUCCCCUCGUUCCUUCAUUGGAAGUCCACAUAGCGAAGAUUCCGACCGGGAUUCCAAGGAUCAGGAGCACAAAGAUGGGUCAAGGAAGAGAAAGUGUGUACCGCGGUGGACAAAACAAGUGCAAGUUUGUCCAGGAUCAGGACUUGAAGGAACUCUUGAUGAUGGCCAUAGCUGGAGAAAAUAUGGGCAGAAAGACAUUCUUGGAGCCAAAUAUCCAAGAGGCUAUUACAGAUGCUCCCAUCGAAAUGUACAAGGAUGUUUGGCUACCAAGCAAGUGCAAAGAUCUGAUGAAGAUCCAACAAUCUUCGAAAUCAAUUACCGGGGAAGGCACACUUGUACUCCGACGCAGGGUUCCUAUUUAACUCCACCACAAUCAUCAUCGUCACCAUCACCACCCGAUAAUCGAGAACCAAGAAUAAUCGUAGACAGUGAGCAAUUCGCCCCUCUACCGCAACAAAACCAACAAGAAAUACUCUUGAAUUUCCAAACAGGCCUCAAAGUUGUAACUGAGAACUUGAACACUCCUGAUCAAUCAUUUUCUUCUUUCCUCUUCCCUUCAACAUCAAACACUAAGGCCGAAAACUAUGCUUUCUCUUCUGCUAUGAUUGAUAACAGUUUAGUGGGAAAUUAUUCUCCUUCAUUCAUGUCACCUGCAACACCUGGAUCAAACUAUUUCUCGGGUUCACAAACCCAUAUGAACAGCGUUGGACGGAGCCCCAAUUUGUCCCUUCCGAGCCUGAACUCACUGGGAGAGUCUCAGCCGUGA